AAAAAUUUUUGUACAGGUAUAACUAGGAAUUUAUUUCAUUAGUUAUUUAACCGGACUCAAAAUGAAGUUUUUGUCAAUUGCCGUUCUUGUGCUUAUUGUCAAUUACGCUACAGGUCUUAUGUGCUACGAAUGCACCGAAGCAAAAUCGACGGCCGAGUGUUUGACGAAGGGGCAACUUACAAGAUGCAAUGCAAACGAGGGUUCUUGCCAAACGGUGUUACGGUUCCAUAACUACUGGCAACCACAGGGCAUGACCAUUACAAAACUGUGUAAGCAAGAUUUGGCUUGCCAGAACAACCUUAAACAGAACUCAAUCAAUUGCCGCGAGGACCAAAAAAACUCGUUUUGCUUUUGCUGUUGCAAAGGUGACAUGUGCAAUGACGACACAAACUUGAUCGGGUGCUGGAACGGGACUUUACCCACGACCCCACAAGCCCCAAGCGAUGCCCCGCCACCCCCAGCAGCAAUAAAAGAAGCCCCACAAAAUGGGACAUGCAGGGCAUUGAUUGAAGCUUUGCCCCAAUAUGUUGGUGGGACAUUAGAAUGCACACUGAGCUGGUUUUACGAGUCCGUAUGUACACAUAUCAGCGUCAUUAAUCCAGGCUUUAGCUUCACGAAGAAAUGUGUAUAUGACUUUGAAUAUGAAGUUUUUAAAUGGGAAAAUGGGCCACAACCCCUUAAAGACGCUGAGCCGGUUACAUGCCCUCCAUUAGAAGAAGUUGCAAACCGUGAAGUUUUAUGCAGUGAUGAUUUUAACAUCGGAUCCAUAUGCGAGUUUUACUGUGACCCAUUUCCUGGAUACAAACUGCAAUCUAUUUUACCAAUCCCUACCCUAGAAUGUAUCCCAGGGGGUAGCACAGGUGCCCUAUGGAUUGGAGAGUCGCCCAUCUGUGUUAAAACAACAUGUGAGCCAGCAUAUACCCCAACAGUAGGCAUGGCCCAAUACUCGUGUACUAAUGGUAACGAAUACAACAGCGUAUGUACUUUUGCAUGUGCUGAUGGGUAUGGCCUUUCUGGAAGCGAAAAUGUAACAUGUACAGAUGUUGAGGAAUGGUCUGGCCCAUUUCCAACGUGCGAAUUGCUGACUUGCCCUACAUUUACUAUACGUGGUGGAAACGCUGUAUGCUCAGAUGGAAAUAAUGUCAAUUCUGAUUGCCUCGCUACGUGUGAUGACCCAGCGCAUGUAAUUUACCCACCGUCGUUUGAAACAGUUACGUGCCAGGCGAAUACAACAUGGACAGAUGACGCACCCUGCUGCGUGUUACCAUGCCCGCCCCAUGUUCCAACUGACUUAGUUAUCAUACUGGAUGCAUCUAGCAGCGUUAAUGAAGAUAACUGGCGUCGUAUAAAGUCAAUCACGGUCCAACUUAUCAUCAAAUUCAUGAGUUCAGAGUCCACCCAAUUUGCAGUGUUUCGCUACAAUAAUCGGCCAGAUGUUGCAACACAGAUCUUGUUGCAAAAUACUAAUGAUGCGGCAGCACUGCUAAAUGCCAUAGAAAAUAUCCCAUAUGGGGGUGUAGGUACUAGGACCGGCAUAGCACUGGGCCAUGCAGCUGAUGUCAUUUUGCAUACCGAUAAUGGCAACAGACCAAAAGCUGCUGACAUUGUAUUGAUAAUGACAGACGGACAAGUUAAUGUGAAUGACAAUACUCAAGUACCAGCAGAUGCAUUACAUAACAUGGGUGCUACUGUUAUGGCCGUUGGUAUUGAACCAGAAAAAUUUGGCGGUCGUUUCCAAUUAGAAGAAUUGUUGGAUAUUACUCAACAAAAUAGAAAUCAUAUUUUCUUACCAGAUGGUAGCACAGUCGUAAGCACUGUUGAUGAAAUAAAAAGUGCAGUGGAAAAUCUAGCAUGCCAAGAUCUAUGCAACAAAUACUACUAAUACCCCAAAAUGUUCCAGUACCAUGGGCGCCAAACCAGGGGUGGCAGGGUGGGCAGAUCAACCCCCGAAAAAAUUUGCACUGCUAUAAUCAGUAAAAAUUGAGACAAAUUUUGUUUUAAAAGAUGCAUGUCUAACUAUUCCCGCCUCCCCUGUGUUUUAAAAAGUUUGGCGCCCAUGUUUAAAAUACAAUAUGUUCAUUAUAUUAUUAACAUACUGCCUUAAAAAUUACUGCAAUGUAUUUGUAAAAAAAACAUGUGUUUAACCUAUUUUUAGCCACUUAUAUAACAUAACUACUUACUGCUCUAUAAUAACCUUCUGCCUUUAUAAGUUUUGGCAUUCUAUUAGUAUUAAAAACUACCAAAAUUAACCCAUUUUGAAAAUAUAGAUAAACUAUACUUAUACACAUUAUAUUAACAUAUACCUUUUUCAUUUACAGCAGUAUACUAAAUCACGAAAUUUAAAACAUUUUGCAAUAUUGUGUAUGUGCCAUUUUUCUGCAUGUAUAUAAAUGUAACUGCCAAUGUAUUAGAACUGUAUACUGCCUUGUGUAUGAGCUAUAACAUGUGUAUUGUAAUAAAUGUACCACCAGAAAAAAA